CGCACCCUUCCGCCUAUAGCAGUUGAACAGUGCCCAGAGGAAGCGUAACAACACAAGAAUCUCUGCAAGAAUCUAUCAGUUUCCAGCCUCGCAGGAGGCUGCCGCUGCGGCCUCCAAGCUGACUUGACUCUACUAUACAGAUACCUGACCUCCGAGCUAACUAGAGAAUGCCAAAGCGCACUACGCUAACGUUUACCAGCGAGGACGGGCCCCGCGUUGACUCGGCAAAGCUUUAUGUCUAUCACUGCAAAUAUUCUGGACGUCAUGCCUUCACGAUAGAUGCUGACCUGAAGAAGAUGCCACGGCGGCGAACGGACGGGGCUUACAUCGUGGACACGAACGAGCAUACCAUCAAGCUCUACACCACGGAUGGUGGGCUCAAGUACAUCAAGCGCCAGAACGGCGCCAUUGAGAAGCAGUACCGCCAGAACCUGGGCCAGCUGCCCAUCGCCUACAAGUCCGACCUGACCAGCCCGCUGCUCUACAUCCUGGACAACGCCGUCACAACCUUCUCCAACCAGAACGCGCGGAGAGCGGGCAAGCUGCUGGUGCCUCCCUGCAUCACGCGCUCCGACAAGACGGGCCUGGUGGAGAUGCGCAUCGAGCUGGACGAGCGCUCGCACCGCUGCUGCCUGAGCCGCGUCACGGCGGACGUGGUGCGGGUGCACGUGACGGGCCUCAUGGCCGGCGACGCCGUGCACGAGGAGCUGUUCGACCUCAUCAGCAAGGUGCUCAACGUGCGCCUGUCCCAGCUGGACAUCCGGCGCGCCAAGCACAACCGCAACCGCAUCAUGACGGUGGAGGGCCUCACGCCCGAGCAGGUGUUCGAGCGGCUGAGGGAGCAGCUCAAAAAGCAGAGCACCGCGCGCGAGGAGAAGCGGCAGCGGCGGCACGGGUAGCUGUGGUUACGGAGGUGGGGCAGGUGUUGCGGCGGCUGUAUAGUGCUGGGUGGAGGCGGAGAUGGAGGUUGGGAGGCUUCGAAGGGGCGGGCGGAAAGCAGUCGGAUCGUGUGUGGUCGUUGGCUUCAGGUUGGGGCUGCGGUGUGGAGGUAGCCAGGGCCGGGACCGCCCGGCCCCCGACGAUCACAGGAAGAUUUUGGAAGUGUAAGCGGAGCCUGCUGCGUCCGUUGUGUGGCACACACCAACUGCGCUGAGGACCGAACAGGUGGACAUGUCGGAGCUGACUCCCGACAUGCCAACGCAGUCCACUCCGCCCAGGCUGGCGCAACGGGGAUGUGAGCAGGUGCUGUGAGUUAUUUGUAACUGCUUACUAUG